UCUUUAUACGUAAACCGAUACUACCUAGAAAAUCAAAAUUGGGAUGGCAGCUUAUUUUCACAAGUUGGUCAUCCUUGUUUACUGUAAGUACAGUCACAAACAAGUAACAUUGGGCCAGAAUUUACGUAAUUCAUUCAAUUUAUCAUUCAAUUUAUAUUACUGGAAACUCGGCUUGAGCAGCCGGUUAUGAACUUUCUUUAAAGUAUUUUGCCCUUCUGCUUAUUUUUAAGACUCGAGAUUUCAUCGAAAAUGAUGUGGUCAAGAGUAAAGUCAUCGGUGGAGCUUUGUAAGCCGGCAUUGGCUUUUAUGAACGGAAGCAAGCUACUACAUGUCACACCAUCUCAACAUCUGAACCUGGUUCCCAUGGUCAUAGAACAGACAGGGCGAGGCGAAAGAGCAUAUGAUAUUUAUUCACGAUUGCUUAAGGAAAGAAUUAUCUGCGUGAUGGGUCCUAUUAAUGACGAUUUGUCAUCACUAGUCGUGGCUCAGCUCUUGUUUUUGCAAUCUGAGAGCAGCAAGAAACCAGUUCACAUGUACAUUAAUAGCCCAGGUGGAAGUGUUACUGCCGGAUUAGGUAUAUAUGACACCAUGCAGUAUAUUCUUCCACCAAUAGCAACUUGGUGUGUUGGACAAGCAUGUAGUAUGGCAAGCUUGUUAUUGGCUGGAGGUGCUCCAGGCAUGCGCCAUUCUUUACCUCAUGCACGCAUCAUGAUUCAUCAACCCUCUGGACAAGCAGUGGGGCAAGCCACAGACAUUGUUCUACAAGCGGAAGAAAUUAUGAAACUGAAGAGAUUAAUAAAUAAUCUAUAUGUCAAGCACACCAACUUACCAUUGGAAACAAUAGAAGCAAAUAUGGAACGAGAUAAAUUUAUGAAUCCUCUGGAGUCAAAAGAAUUUGGACUUAUUGACAAAAUUUUAGACCAACCACCUAAACAUGGAGAGCAGAGAGAUGAAUCUAAUUCUCAACAGCAACAACCUCAUUCUGUCUGAGUUAUUUUCGAAAAGAAACUUCAACAUUACGUUGAAAAAAGUCUGUGUUUCUUUCUUAAUAGUCACUGAAGCAAACAUUUUGACUUGGACAAAUUGAUGACGUCCUUGACAUUGUCAGUGUAAAAUUUUACUGUUCCAAUAAACACAACUUUUUUUCAUUGCAAA